UAGAUGCAGUUUGCCCUGGAAAAUUAGUUCUUGAGAUUUAACAUGGAAUUGCUCUUUCGUGCAAGAGAUGUAAUGGGUUUAUUCAUUAGCUUUACAAGGUCUUGAUGUAUUUUAUAUGGAUUUUAGGUAAUUUUUGUAAUUAACAAAGAGGGAGAAAAAAUAAUCUAGGUGGCGAUUGCUGUUUAUCUCAAUGAAUAAUUUCCAAUUUUGCAUACCUAAGAGGGAAAGAAGCUUUGCGGGAAGCAGCUCAGUGCCCUAUUAAUGAAAACAGAGCAUAAAAAAUACAAUGAAGAGCAAAAACCUAACAUGCUAACCUUUGAUAUCAGAGAAGCUAUUUUGUGGAUCAGUUUUGGGUUUUAUUUCCCUGGAAGGUGAGGAAGGUGCUACCUGGUCCAUGUUUAUCAUAGUUGUUGCAGGAAAGAAUCUGUGCCAUUGAGGUUGUUUAAUAACGUCUUGAUCAAUUUUCUAAAAAUAGAUUUUAAUACAAUUCUCAGAAUUCUAAGCAUUUAUUUCCCCACUAUGUUCUUGACCUCUUUCCGUGAUUCUCGAGUGGACUUCAAAGUCAUCUGGAGGUUAAAACACAGAUUGCUGGGCCCCAACCCUGGGUAUCUGGUUGAGGAGGUGCAGAUGGGCUGAUGAAUUUGCUUUUUUUUUCUUUAAGAGAUUUGUUUAUUUUGAAGAGAGAGUGAGAAAGAGAAUCUCAAGCAGCCUCCCUGCUGAGCAUAGAGGCCAACAGGGGACUCCAUCUCAUGACCCUGAGAUCCUGACUUGAGCUGAAAUCAGGAGUUGGAGGCUUAACAUACUGAGCCACCCAGGCGCCCCUUUUUAAAAUAUCUUUUUGUAAUUUUUUUUUUUUUUUUCUCCCAAUAGCAGUUUCUUAAUUGAAAGACAAGCCAUUCAGGAUUUUGUCCUCAGAGUGUAAGUUAGGGAUAAGCAGUUUUGGAAACCAGCUUUGUAAAUUACCUUCUUCCAUGCUUACUGCACUAACACAUCAGUCUUUCUCAUCUGGGCCAGUGGGCUGCAAACAUGAUACAGACAGUAAGACCUGAGAGCCCCAGUUCUUAAGGAUAUGCUGUGGUUAAUGGCAUGCCCAUUCUCCACAUCAGUUACGAUGAGACUGAUGUGAAAACUGGUUUACAUUCUAUACGUGGAAGGAUAUAAGGGUCAAUUUUAGCAUGUAAAAUAUAGCCACAGUUCACUACUUUUUCUCAUAGAGUUUGAUAAACAUAAGUUGGGUCACAGCGUGUUGCUUCAAAACUUCCUCUGGCAUUGACGUAUACAAACCACACUUGACCCUUGAACAACACAGAUGUGAGCUGCAUGGGGCCACUUAUAUGUAGAUUUUUUGGAUAAAUGCCAUCCAGUGCUGUAAAUAUAUUUUCUCUUCCUUGUGAUUUUCUUGGUAACACUUUCUUUUCUCUAGCUUACUUUAUUGUGAGAAUAUAGCAUAUAAUACAUGUAAUAUACAACAUGUGUGUCAAUUGACUAUGUAAUUGACAAGGCUAUUAAUGGUUACGUUUUUGGGGAGUCAAAAGUCACAGGUGGAUUUUUGACUGCACUGGGGGGCGGAUCACUGCCCCCAGCUCCCAUGUGGUUCAAGGGUCAACCGUAUUGUUGUAAAGCUAUCCAUUUUAAAAUGAAGUAUUCCAUUUAUGCUAUUUAAAAUCUUCUUCUAGUCUCUCUCUGGUACACAGAAUUCUAGGAAGGAGGCUGUUCUGUUAGCCAAAAUGAAGCACCCCAAUAUUGUUGCCUUUCAAGAAUCAUUUGAAGCUGAGGGACACCUGUAUAUUGUGAUGGAAUUUUGCGACGGAGGGGACCUAAUGCAGAAGAUAAAGCAUCAGAAAGGAAAGUUGUUUCCUGAAGAUAUGAUACUUAAUUGGUUCACACAAAUGUGCCUUGGAGUAAAUCACAUUCACAAGAAACGUGUGUUACACAGAGAUAUCAAGUCCAAGAACAUCUUCCUCACCCAAAAUGGAAAAGUAAAACUGGGAGAUUUUGGAUCUGCCCGUCUUCUCUCCAAUCCUAUGGCAUUUGCUUGUACAUAUGUGGGAACACCCUAUUACGUGCCCCCAGAAAUUUGGGAGAACAUGCCUUACAACAAUAAAAGUGACAUCUGGUCCUUGGGAUGCAUUCUCUAUGAGCUCUGUACCCUUAAGCAUCCAUUUCAGGCAAACAGCUGGAAAAGUCUUAUUCUCAAAAUAUGUCAGGGGUCCCUGAGCCCACUGCCAUCUCAGUACUCCUGUGAACUCCAGCUUCUGAUCAAGCAGAUGUUUAAAAGGAAUCCCUCACACCGCCCUUCUGCUACAACACUUCUCUCCAGCGGCUCUUUGGCUCGGCUUGUCCGCAAGUGCUUACCCCCAGAGAUCAUCACAGAAUAUGGCAAUCAGAUAUUAGAAGAAACCAAAAAUUCUAAGCAUAGUACACCAAGGAAAAAAGCAGACCCCAGCAGAAGCAAGAUAGCUUUGGAAGAUGAGGCAGCCACGAUGCUAGGAGAAGAACAAGAUAGAAAGUAUAGCCACACUGAUUUAGAAAACAUUAAUAAAAAUUCAGUUGAAAGUGCACUGGGGACAUUAAAUAAAGAGAAAGAUAAUAAAUCAGUCCAUCUGAGGAAACCCAGUUCACCAAGUCCUGUCAGGAGACAGUGGGAGAAAAAUGUCCCCAACACAGCUCUCACAGCUCUGGAAACUGCAGCCAUACUCUCCUCCAGCUUAGCAGCCGGGGAUGAGAGAGGUGGUUCUGUAAUAAAGUACAGUGAAAAUAACACCCGUAAGCAGUGGCUCAAAGAGACUCCAGAAACUCUGAUGAACUUCCUGAAGAAUGCGGAUCUCAGCUUGGCCUUUCAAACAUAUACAAUAUAUAGACCAGGUUCAGAAGAAUUCUUGAAGGGCCCCCUGUCUGAAGAUACCGAAGCAUCAGACAGUGUGGAUGGUGGUCACGAUUCUGUCAUUUUGGACCCAGAGAGAUUGGAACCUGGACCGGAUGCAGAGGACACGGAUUUUGAGGAGGAUGAUGACAGGCCUGACUGGGUGUCAGAACUGAAGCGGCGAGCUGGCUGGCAAGAAGCUUUGGAUGGGUGACGCCCAAGGAAGUGCUCCGUAGUCACAUCAAGUAGAUGUUGAAAAUGAGGAAUUAAUGUUUGGAUAAUAUCAGCUCACAGGAUUUUAUAGUUUUCCUUGGACACAGAACGAAGAAGGGGAAACUGUGAAUAUUUAAAAUUGUUCCUGAUUAGUACCACAAGGCUUAAAAAACCUGUAACUCUCAUGAGUUGUUGAACUGAAAGGAGAAGGUGUAGAAGAAUGGCUCUGAACUUCAGGCUUUUAGUCAGAAAAGAAAUCAGAGGCUGCUGCUUCCAGUUUGUGUGAUUGUGGGAAAUUAUUAUUAUUAUUAUUAUUAUUAUUAUUUGAUUGUCGGAAAUUAUUGAAGCUCUUUGAGCCCCAGUUUCCCUGACUCUAAAAUGAGGUGAUGAUGCCUUCCUCACAAGGAUGCUGACCAAAGACCUUGGCGGUGGCUCUUCAUAUUAUUUCUGCACUGUUAUGAUUGGUGCUUAAUUGCUGUGUAACUCUUUUUACAUUUCUGAAAGGCUCGAGGAUAUAAAAUAAAUUUAAUUGGAAUAUAAAAA